GCCGCAGCCUGGUUUCAGCGCUCCGAGUUUCGGCCGAUCCCCUCAUGGCCACUCGCGCCGCCAUGGAUCUCUCUGCCCUCUACGAGAGCCUCCUGUCGCUGGGCACCGACAUGCCAUCCGACCAGGGAGGGACCGAGCCCAGCCCAGGCUGGGGCCCCUCGGGACUCUGGAGCCUGAGCUCACCGGACUCCAGCCCGGCUGGGGUCACCUCCCGCCUGCCCGGCCGCUCCACCAGCCUGGUGGAGGGCCGCAGCUGCGGCUGGGUGCCCCCGCCCCCUGGCUUCGCACCCCUGGCUCCCCGCUCGGGCGCCGAGCUGUCGCCCUCGCCCACCUCGCCCACCGCGACCGCCACCGCGUCGUCCCGCUACAAGACCGAGCUGUGCCGGACCUUCUCCGAGAGCGGGCGCUGCCGCUACGGCGCCAAGUGCCAGUUUGCCCACGGCCUGGGGGAGCUGCGCCAGGCCAAUCGCCACCCCAAGUACAAGACGGAACUCUGCCACAAGUUCUACCUCCAGGGCCGCUGCCCCUACGGCUCACGCUGCCACUUCAUCCACAACCCCAGCGAGGACCUGGCCGCCCCGGGCCAGCCCCAUGUGCUCCGCCAGAGCAUCAGCUUCUCCGGCCUGCCCUCCGGCCGCAGAACCUCGCCGCCACCCGCCGGCCUGGCCGGCCCGUCCCUGUCCUCGUGCUCCUUCUCGCUCUCCAGCUCCCCCCCACCACAUGGGGACCUUCCGCUUUCACCCUCCGCCUUCUCUGCUGCCCCUGGGACCCCUGUGGCACGAAGAGACCCCACCCCAGCCUGUUGCCCUUCCUGCCGAAGGGCCACUCCUGUCAGCAUCUGGGGGCCUUUGUUGGGUGGCCUGGCUCGGAGCCCGUCUACACAGUCCCUGGGAUCCGACCCCGAUGACAGCACCAGCAGCGGCAGCAGCUUGGGAUCCGACUCGCCUGUCUUCGAGGCAGGGGUUUUGGGGCCGCCCCAGCCACCUGCACCCGCAGCCCCCCGGAGACUCCCCAUCUUCAAUCGCAUCUCCGUUUCUGAGUGACAAGCGCCUGCCCAGUGCAGAUCGGCUGGAUCUUGAGGGGAGCCACUCCUCCUGUGGGGACCUGGGGGACUCUUAAUUAAGUAGCCCCCCUUCCAAAAUGCAUUAACCUAUCUCCUGACCCCACGCUGGGGCGGGUCCUCAGUGUGCAAGCUCAGUGUUCAUGGUGUUGGGGGACGCAGUGUUUUCUGGGGUUCUUGUUUUUUUAAAAAAACCAAAACUGUAGCAUAUGUGAGGGAGGCAAUGAGUCCUCCCUCCCCAUCUCCCCCUGCCCACAUCUGUCUCCCGGGAUCUUACACGUGCUGUGAAAACAGGCCCCUCCCCACUUUGCCUAGACUUGAGGUUCCAGUGCCUGGGGUGACUGGAACCUCCCCCGAGGGGGAAUCCUGGUGCUCAUAUUUCCCUCCAAAAGCAAGUAGCCAAAGCCAUUGCCAAACCCCUCCUCCAAAUCGAUGGGCCCUUUAUUUAUGACGUUAUUUAUUCUAAUAAGAUUUUAUAGUAUUUAUAUAUAUCGAUUUGUCUGCUUCCCUUGUAUUUUACUUCCUCUUUUUUUGUAAUGUUGGAAACGAUGGCAUAAUUAUUGUUAUAAGUAUACUACAAUAAUAUAUUAAGUAAUAUAUAUUGUUACCUUAAAUGUCUAUUUUUGUGGAUUUUUUGGAAUUUUUAAAUAAAAGAAAUCUGCGUGU